GACGCAGAAGACUGGCGAGAUUGUGAGGGGUAAACAAGAGUACGAGAUGCUGUGAAAGAAGCGGAUUACCUCACAUCUCACAUGUCUGACUGGAUGAUUCGCUCUAUUGUGGCCCGAACAAUGACGGCCGCGCGAGUGGGCUUAAAACCGCUAGAAUCGCGCGCACAGAGCGCAAUCUUCGCUGGAGACAGGCAUCAACCGUCAGAGAGCGUUGAGCUCGAGUUUGAAAUGUGCUGAUCCAGUUUAUGCUGCGCAAACGCUUCGCAUUCAGAACGCUCUCAUGAUGAACGGAUGAAGUUUGAUUGAUCGGCUCGAUUCGAGCCAAAUGCUGAUCGCACAGAACGGCUUUUGUUUAUAAACCGGUCGAUGGAAGCUGAAGGGAACUGCUGGAGGACCACAGCCAAACGGAGGCCGUUCUGAUCCUCUGAUUGAUGGUGUUCACUCUGGUGGGAGGGGCCUCUCUGUGUGGAGCGGCGGCCCUCGUGCUCCUCAUCAUCUCCACGGCUACUGACUAUUGGAUGCAGUAUCGCUACUCAGGGAACGCAGCCAAUCAGGGCCUCUGGAGGUUCUGCAUCAAUCGCAAGUGCCACGCCCACACGCUGUCAGUGGCAUUCUGGGACGCCACGCGGGCUUUCAUGCUGCUGUCGGUGCUGGGCUGUUUCGCUGGAGUGCUUUUGGGCGUCACUGCGUCUAAACGGCCCCGGAGCCGACGGGUGCAGACCGGAGGAAUCGCCCUGCUGCUGUCCGGAUUUCUUGCGCUCUUGGCUUUGGCGAUCUACACCGGCAUGACCAUUAGCUUCUUCGGCAAACGCUACAUCGACUUGAGAUUCUCAUGGUCGUAUAUCUUGGGUUGGGUCGGCAUCAUAUUGGCUUUUGCAGCAGGCAUCCUGCAGCUCUGUGCGUAUCAGAGGGGCGUCUCUGAAGCAGCACCUGCGAGCGUCUCUGACAGCUGAAGCUCAAACAUCUCAACAUGAAAUAAAUGGCAUUUGGAGUCUU